CUCUCUCUCUCUCUCUUCCAUUGGUUCUUUCUAAACUUGGGAGGAGAGGGAGGGGAAGAGGAAGAGGUGGAGUUAAUAGGCUAAAGAAAGGAGAAAAGUCGGGGUUUUGAAAGGUUGGAAGAGGACUUGGUCUUCAGAGGAGAGGUCACUGGUGGGGAGAUUUUGUUUCUUUGCUUGGUUUCUGCUUCGCAAGCCCUUUGUUUUGGAGAGGGGGGUUGUUUUCUUUGUUUUUUUGGAAAUUAGAGCCUGUUUUCAGGUGAAGAGGCAGGAAAGAUGUCUGAAGAUUGUUGUUUUCUUAACAAGGAUGCUCUUAUUGUCAAGGCCCCAAAGAAAUCUCCACUUGCUUUGAGAAUGGUUGUGCUGUCUGUAGUUAUGAUAUGUGGCGUUUAUAUAUGCUCGAUCUGUUUAAAGCAAAUAGGAACACAACCAAACCCCAGGUUAAUGAGAGCAGAGCUAGUUGAUAUACCUUGCCGUGAUCCUAGAAUUCCUGAAUCUGAGUUACCAUAUGUGCAUUAUCCCGAGCCCAUCUCUUACAGCAGGGAUGAAUGUGCUUGCACUCCUGUUCGGCUAUUUGUUAUUGUGUCAAUGCAGAGGUCUGGAAGUGGGUGGUUUGAGACCUUGUUAAACAGCCAUGUCAAUGUCAGCUCACAUGGCGAGGUAUUUUCUAACAAAGAACGGAGAAGCAAUAUGUCAUCUAUCACCAAAACAUUGGAAAAAUUGUAUAAUCUUGAUUGGAAUAGCAGUGCUUCUAAAAACGAAUGCACUGCUGCUGUUGGCUUAAAGUGGAUGCUUAAUCAGGGUCUUGUGGCCCACCACAAGGAGAUAGUUGAGUAUUUCAAUAGAAGAGGUGUCUCGGUGAUAGUUCUGUUUAGAAGAAAUCUUCUCCGCAGAUUCGUUUCAAUUCUAGCAAAUUCUCAUGAUCGAGAUGCCAAACAAUUAAAUGGCACACAUAAAGCUCAUGUGCACUCGAGGAAUGAGGCUGAUGUGCUUGCUAGAUUCAAACCCUUGAUAAAUGCCACUGACUUGAUUCCUAGUUUGAGUCACAUGGAUCGGGGAUCUGCUGACGCUUUGGAUUACUUCAAGAACACUCACCACAUGCUUCUCUAUUAUGAAGAUCUUGUUAGCAACCACACUAAACUCAUAGAUGUUCUUGAGUUCCUCAAGCUGCCUCCAAGAAAGUUGUUUAGCCGACAUGUGAAGAUACAUACAAAACCAUUGUCGCAACAGGUUGAGAAUUGGGACACCAUCUAUAACACUCUGAAGGGAACCCAGUAUGAGAGAUUCUUGACAGCCGACUAUCAAUAGUAACGAAGCAUUGGCAGUCCUGUCUCUGUAAAUGAAACACUUUUCACUUCUCAUCGGGCUUUUGCCUCCUAACAUCAUUUGCCACACCAGAUAAAGGUUUUGGUUGCCAAGAAGGAACUCAUCGCUGACACACAUCGUCCCGAUUUUCUUUAACAAUUACGAUCAUAUGGCUAUCUUGGUCAACAAAUGAGGUUGACUAACUAAAAGGCUUCUGCAUACAACUGCAAGUCAGGUUUCUCGUGUUUGCGUAUGGGAAUUCCUUGUUUUUUAUUUUAUUUAUGGCUUUAUUAUAAAUGUGUGAGUUAGCAUAUGUUGAAAGUUUUCUUCCAAGCUGUAACAUGGCUGGAAUUUUGUUUAUUUAGAGUGAAGAUAAAAAUUAGAAUUAAAUAGAAAAAA